AGUCAAUUCAUUAUCAUUUGCUAGACCUGCUCGGCGGUAUCCGCGGUGAGCAGUUCUUUGAAGCCGGCUCCAAAAGUCUCAUAUCUACCACUAGCUCUAUUAUUAUCCAUUGUUUUAACAAAAUUUCUUUGAUAUCCACCUUCAUUUAAACAAUUGAAAAAUGUCCAACAAGUUGUCGUACAAAGUUGCGGAUCUCUCGCUAGCUGAUUGGGGAAGGAAGGAAAUAACACUGGCUGAAAAUGAAAUGCCUGGUUUGAUGUCUCUACGCAAGAAAUACGGACCAACGAAAAUAUUAAAAGGAGCUCGUAUUGCUGGCUGCUUACACAUGACUAUACAAACCGCUGUACUUAUUGAAACACUCGUGGAGCUUGGGGCUGAGGUAAGAUGGUCAUCGUGCAAUAUCUUCAGCACUCAGGAUCAUGCGGCUGCAGCUAUGGCAAAAGCUGGGAUUCCCGUAUUCGCAUGGAAAGGCGAGACCGACGAGGAAUAUAUCUGGUGCAUAGAACAGACGCUAGUCUUCGACGAUGGAAAACCUUUAAAUCUCAUCCUCGACGACGGUGGAGACUUAACAAAUUUGGUGCAUGAAAAGUUCCCUCAAUAUCUUACAGAAUGCCGGGGCGUAUCUGAGGAGACUACUACGGGUGUUCAUAAUCUGUACAAGAUGUUGAAAAAUGGUACACUCAAAGUUCCUGUGAUAAAUGUCAAUGACUCUGUCACGAAGAGUAAAUUUGACAAUCUUUAUGGAUGUCGGGAGUCUCUGAUUGAUGGAAUCAAAAGAGCUACUGAUAUUAUGCUCGCGGGGAAGGUCUGCGUUGUCGCAGGAUACGGAGACGUGGGCAAGGGAUGUGCACAGAGUCUUCGCGCUCUGGGCGGUCGAGUAAUAAUCACGGAAAUUGAUCCCAUAAACGCCCUUCAAGCUGCUAUGGAAGGAUAUGAGGUUACUACAAUGGAUGAAGUGUCUCACAAGGGUCAGAUAUAUGUCACUACUACUGGAUGUAAAGAUAUUAUAUUAGGAUCUCAUUUUCUAAAUAUGCCAAAUGAUGCAAUUGUCUGUAAUAUUGGGCAUUUUGACUGUGAGAUCCAGGUUAAUUGGCUGGAUAAAAAUGCCGUGGAGAAAAUCAAUAUUAAACCCCAAGUUGAUCGCUAUAAGCUUAGCAAUGGAAGGCAUAUUAUCAUUCUUGCUGAAGGUCGACUAGUUAAUUUAGGAUGUGCUACAGGGCACUCUAGUUUUGUCAUGAGUAAUUCCUUUACAAAUCAAGUACUGGCACAAAUUGAACUUUGGACUAAAUCUGAUUCUUAUUCAGUUGGAGUUCAUAUGUUGCCCAAAAGAUUGGAUGAAGAAGUAGCUGCUCUUCACUUAAAUCACCUGGGAGUAAAGUUGACAACACUUACUCCAGAACAAUCUAAAUAUCUGGAUAUACCUAUUAAUGGUCCUUUCAAACCUGAUCAUUACAGAUAUUAGAAAGCAUGUAAUAAACUUUUUUGUCAUAAAAAGAAAUGAAAUCUAUCAACGAAAGAACAUCUUCGUUUGAAUAAUCAUAAAUUUUUAUUUGAUCACAGUUCAAACAGUUUGAGAAUCACAUUUCAAACAUUCAAAAAUAUUAUGUAAUUGGCAACUAUUCAAAUUGACUUAUGUAAAACAAUGGUGAAUAAACAAAAGCGUGAAGUGCCUCUUUCGUUUAAA